GCAGCAAUACCAGUAAAAAGGCUAUAUUACGUGAGUAUCGGCGUAUUAAUGCAACAAGGGGAUAUAAUCAGAGUUAACGCCGAAAAUUUCCAACAAACGCCGGAUUAUACAACUGACAGAAGGCGCCAGGUGCAUAGAUUAAGUGAUCAGGAGUGAGAAUGUCAUACGAAGAAUCCCUGACUGCGGCAUAUGAAGAUAAGAAAUUGAAGGAUGAGAAUCUAUCCAAAUUGUAAGAGAGGAUGCCAAAAUCGAAAGAGGAUUGAUAUGGCUUCUGCGCGACGUUCAUGCAUGAAUAAUCCAGACGUUUUCUGCUACAUCUGCGGAGAAUACACGCUUUCAGUGGAGAGGAAGAACAUCACGGGAUUUGUGAAGAACGCCUACCAGGCUUACUUUCAAGUCAAGCUGGGUGACCAAGAUAAGCCCUGGGCACCGCACACGGUCUGCAAGAAGUGCGUGGAAUACCUCCGGCGGUGGACGAAGGGCACGAAAACUUCACUAAAGUUUGGGAUUCCGAUGGUUUGGAGGGAGCCCUUGGACCAUGCAUCGGAUUGUUACUUCUGCGCCAUCAAUACUACUGGCAUCAACCGGAAGAAUCGGCACAGCCUCCAGUACCCCGACCUUCCAUCUGCCCGCCGUCCAGUUGCUCACUGCGAAGAAAUUCCUGUACCAGCGUUCACAGAGCUUCCUAACAUCGACGACGAGGCCACCACUGCAGACGAGGGAGGAUAUAUAGCAGACGAGGAGUAUGAAGCACAAGAUGGUCGGCAGCUCUUUUCACAAUGUUAGCUUAAUGAUCUUGUUCGGGAUCUCAGCUUGUCGAAGACUUCAUCCGAGCUGUUGGCCUCCAGACUCAAAGAGAAAAAUCUACUUGGCGAGGACGCGCGUAUCACUUUCUUUCGUAGAAGGCAUGAGGACUACAUGGGCUACUUCUGCCAGGAGGAAGACCUAGUGUACUGCCGAGAUGUCGCCGGUCUUCUUGUUAAACUCGGGGCUCCUACAUACGAUCCGAGAGAUUGGCGACUCUUUAUUGACAGCUGCAAGCGCUCUUUGAAGUGUGUGCUCCUCCACAACGGGAACGAGUUCGCCUCAAUCCCUCUUGCUCACUCCACAACUCUCGUAGAGAAAUAUGAAGCAGUGAAGUACGUGCUCGACAAAAUCCAAUAUGAGCAGCACCAAUGGAUCAUCUGCGUCGACUUCAAGAUGGUGAACUUUCUACUUGGUCAGCAGUCCGGGUUCACGAAAUACCCAUGCUUUAUAUGUAUGUGGGACAGUCGAGACAGAGCCCAGCACUAUGUAAAGAAAGUGUGGCCGCCACGAGAGCAGUUAGUACCUGGUGCGAGAAACAUCAUAAACGAACCUCUUGUUGACCGGGAGAAGAUAUUGAUCCCACCGCUACACAUGAAGCUUGGGUUAAUGAAACAGUUCACGCGUGCUCUGGACAAGGAUGGGAGGUGCUUCCACUACCUGUGCCGAGCCUUUCCGCGACUGACCAUUGAGAAGCUGAAGGCCGGCAUUUUCGAUGGGCCACAGAUACGGCAGCUCAUAAAGGACACAGAGUUCGAAAACUCCAUGAACACGUUAGAGUGCUCCGCGUGGAAAUCGUUUGUGCAGGUGGUGAACAACUUCCUGGGGAACACGAAGGCAGCAAACCACGCCAGACUCAUCAUCAGCAUGAUAGAGGCCUUUCAAAAGCUCGGGUGUUUGAUGAGUAUAAAGAUGCACUUCCUGUACUCACACAUGGAGAAGUUUCCUGAAAACCUUGGGGCGAUGAGCGACGAGCAGGGAGAAAGGUUCCAUCAGGACAUGCGCCAAAUGGAGGAUAGGUACCAGGGGAGGUGGGACGCAGUCAUGAUGGCGGACUACUGCUGGAUGCUGAAGAGAGACAACCCAGCAGCUGCUCACAAACGGGAAUCGAAGAAACGCCGAUUCAUGCCGUGAACUCUGAACUUUUGUGUCACGUAACGCUCAUUG